UUACCCAUCAUGCAAUGCUGGUCGGAAAUGAAAAAGACUGGCCAAGGCGGAGCAGUUUUUCCUAUGUGCACGUAUUUCUUUUCCCCUAGAUUUCCGUCACUAAACUAAAUCGAAGGCUCGACGACGUGUGCAGCAUUAGCCACAUUACGUACUCAAACAUCAGUCAUCUUCAAAUCUGGGCAGUCGUUGAAGUAUUGUCGCCUACUUUAGCCUAGCCUAGCCGGCUAACCGCUAACAAAGCUGGAAGGCACGUCGUCAAGCGUUCAGAAAACAAGUGAGAAAUAUGUUCGCGAGAACUACACCGGCUGCAGUGAAGUUCCAAGAGGAACUUUGUGGCGUAAAAGAGGAGCCCCCACGUCACCAAGAAUCGACUGUGUGCAAAAUAAUGCACGCAAAAGUUGUUCUUCACAGACUCGAAGAUCAAUAUGGCAGCCAAGCCCAUUGUCUCCAGUACCAGGAGUCUUUAUGCGUCAAGGAGGAGUCGCCAUACAUCAAGGAGGAGGAGGAGUCCGUUCACAUUGAAGGUUUUAGACAAUAUCUUGGUACUGAGCGGCAGCAGGCAGAAUCUCCUGGUUUGAAAGAGGAUGUUGAACUCCCCCAAAUCAAAGAGGAGGAGCCAAAGCCCUGUCAACAGAAGCAACUUCCAAUCAAAAAGGAGGAGGAAGAGCUGCCAUGCGUUAAAGAGGAGGAGCAUAUCACCAGGUCGACUGGUGAGCCCUUGAAGAGUGAAGAUGGUCUGAGUGAGGCCGGCGGAGGGGCGGAGCCUCCAAGCGGCAGCAGCAGCAGCAAUUCAACAGAAGGAUUGCAAGCAGACAUUUUCAUCGCUCUGUCAGACUCGCCUUACAAUGAUGAUGGUUAUAAGACAUCUCAUGGUGACGACAAACUCUGCAAAUGCUCUCAGUGUGGGAAAACCUUUGCUAAUAAGUACACUUGUCGGACGCAUAUGAGUAGUCACACUGGUGAAAAACCUUUUGCCUGCUCAGUUUGUGGUGAAAAAUUCACUACAAAGCAGAACUUAAAAAUCCACACAAGAACCCACACUGGCGAAAAACCUUUUUCCUGCUCAGUGUGUGAUAAAAAAUUCUGUCACGAGAGCAGCUUAAAGUGUCACACAAGAACGCACACUCACGAAAAACCUUUUUCCUGCUCCGUUUGUGAUCAAAGAUUCGCUCACAGGCAAAGCUUAAAAUACCACACGAGAACCCACACUGGUGACAAACCUUUUUCCUGCUCAGUUUGUAAUCAAAGAUUCAUUGAAAAGGAAAACUUAAAAAUCCACGCAAGAACCCACACUGGCGAAAAACCUUUUUCCUGCUCAGUUUGUGGUCAAAGAUUUGCUCAAAAGAUAUGCUUGAAAGUACACACAAGAACCCACACUGGUGAAAAACCUUUUUCCUGCUCAGUUUGUGGAAAAGCUUUUAUUCAGGCGGGAGACUUAACAAGACACACAAGAACCCACACUGGCGAAAAACCUUUUAGCUGCUCAGUUUGUGGUCAAAGAUUCAAUCAAAAGGCCACCUUAAAACAACACACGAGAACCCACACUGGCGAAAAACCUUAUUCCUGCUCAGUUUGUGGUCAAAGAUUCAUUCAAAUGAUUAGCUUAAUAAGACACACAAGAACCCACACUGGUGACAAACCUUAUUCCAGCUCAGUUUGAUGUCUAAGAUUAGAAGGGAUGAAGACACACAUGUUUCUUGGUGUGAGAAGCAAAGGCCAAUGACUGUUUUGCCUGUCAUCCAUGCUGGCUUCAUCAGAUUUUGCACGCAGGACGAUUGUAUUCCGUAGAAUCCUGUUGAGGAUUGACACUUUUGGUGCCUUACUUUGUCCAAUUGUUGUAUGAUGUACAUCCACCCUAUUGCCAAAACCUCAGCCGAUUAAACUCUCCAUUCCAGCACAUGAUUUAGCGGGAUGGGCGGAGCUGUGCAACACACCUGUGACGCAUUAGGAGCGCUCAUUAUUCAAAGACAUGUCUACUAAGAUUUACAAUCUUAUGGAAUGCAUUACAAUUGAGCUCCUUCUCUCAAAAGGUAAAAAUAUAAUCAUAAGCCGUAUUUAUCGUGCUCCCGACUCCAAUGUUGAACUAUUCACUGAAUGUGUAGGAAAACUUCUGUCGAAAACAAAAAAUAAGCAUGUCUUUGUCUGUGGUGACAUGAACAUUAAUUUGUUGAAUCCUAACAAAGAUCCUGGUGUGACCAGCUCAGGGUCAUAGACUGUUUUUAGGAGGAGGUAUAAACAAAGUUUAUUGAACGAUUAUGUUGCUGGCUCAAUCUAACUCUUGGUCAUUGUGACGGCCCCUGGCCGUUUAAUGGUUAAUUUUCUGAGAUUCUUCCAGUCAGCUGAUCGUCACCUCCACCAGCUGGCUGCUUCCCCUCCCACUGUGACGGAAGCUGAUCGACGCAGGACGGACUGACGACGUCGCCGCUGCUGAUUGGCCAAGAAAAAGGCGCCAAGCUUCAUAAACCUGCCGCUGUCAACGUUCUAGGAGGUCGCAAUUUGGCAGCAUUCUGUCGCGUUCCUCCUCGCUAGCUGUUUGCUUGCCAUUCACGCUCGUUUGCAUUUUGAUCGCCAGUUUGAUACACUCCCGCUUUUUCGGUGAGGUCUUUUGUGUUUAUUCGUUAUUGGAUCGUUUUUGUUCACCACUGUAAAUAAGAGCACUGAAGCAAGUAAGGGUAAGUCGCCAUUUCUGUUCAACCCGUUUUCUCCUGUUUUGUAUAGAGUAGGAAGUUAGGUUAGACGCUGUCUUUUCUUUGUUCCUUUUACAUGAUCAGGGUUUAGUUAGCGGGUGGGGUUUAAGUGUAGUUCCUUCUGUUUGUUGUUUUGGCCUGGGCUUACCCUGAAGUCACGCUUCCUCGGCAUUUUGUACAUAUUCAUUGCGAGUUUGAUUAUUGUGUAAAUAAAUUUGUGUCCACUUGUACAUUUGUGUGGAUUGUUUUAUGUUACGCCUUUCGCGAGCCAUCUUUGGCACGUAACAGUCAUGAUAAGAACUGUACAAAAGGAAAAUAAUGUCUGGUGUGACAACUCAAACUUGUAAAUGAAACCAAGUGUGAAGCUAAUGCUAUCAGAACUCAACCAGACAUCACAAGGACAGAUAAUCAUUUGGCUCUGUAAGUGGGCAGACAGUUGACUUUUAACAGUAGUAUUGUGACAUUCUGUAAAGACAUUGAACUGGUCACUGAGUGCCCUGGACAAGAUCUUUUCUACAAUGCGAUCAGAACCUGGACAACGCGCCUGCCCAGGAAACACUUUCCUGGAUCGAAUCAACUGAAUGAACUAAACUCUGAAUCAUGAACUAAUCUACUGGAUUUAAUCAACAUACCGCGAUCGACAAGGACUAUGGGAAAAUUAACAAUCAAGGGGAGGAAGAAAAAAAAGGCCUUGUAUUCACUACAUAACCUGAAAUGUCAAUAAGUGUUAUUCGAAAAAUUUUGUUUCCUAUGGUACAGUGGGGCAAGUAAGUAUUUAGUCAACCACUAAUUGUGC